AUGAUUGAAGAGAGAAUUGGGUGAUGAGUUCACGGAUGAGGGGUGUUUUGUGUUGUGUUUCACACUUUAGAGUAUGGUAUCACCUGUUUUCAUAAUUUGGGUGACCUGGCCCUCGCUGGAACCCCUUUUUGUCCUCACACACUCUCCAGAUUCCAUCUUCCAAUGCCCCAAUCCACUUCACCCUCCCUCUAUCAUUAGAUUCACCCGUUCUUUUUUUUAUUUUUAAAGAUAAAACUCUGGUUACUUCUUUUAUUAUCAUCAUCAUCAUUUUUAAAUAUUAAGAUUAAAGAGACAGCAGGUAGAAUACAACAAGAAAGUAGUGACUCGUUGAUUAGUAGUAAAACAAAAGGAAAUAAUAGAUUACGCUCCUGACGUGAUUCUCUGCCCUCUCUUUCUGGGAAGAGGAGUUGUUCCAUUCCAAACGCGCCCUUUUUCUCUCUUUUACUCUUUUGUGAGUGAGUGAGUGAGUGAGAACCAAUAGAGAUCUAAAUUUUCGGGUAUUAAUUUCUUCUGCGUUUGGCCGACUGAAUUGAAUUAUAGAUACUCCAUCAACCUCAACCUCUCAAUCUCAACCACCAGUGGAGUACGGUUCCGUCCCCUUGCGAACGCAGCUUCAUUUUACAAAUACAAACAAAAUAAUGAAAGGUGCCGUUCUCGUUGCUAUUGCCGCUUCAAUCGGUAAUUUUCUGCAGGGUUGGGAUAAUGCUACUAUUGCCGGAGCUAUUCUUUACAUUAAGAAGGACCUUGCAUUGGAAACAAGUAUGGAGGGACUUGUGGUGGCCAUGUCCCUCAUUGGAGCAACGGUAAUCACUACAUGUUCUGGUCCUAUAUCGGAUUGGCUAGGUCGGCGACCCAUGUUGAUAAUAUCGUCCAUGCUUUAUUUCUUGGGUGGUUUGGUCAUGUUAUGGUCUCCUAAUGUGUAUGUGUUAUGCAUAGCAAGGUUACUUGAUGGAUUUGGGAUUGGGCUUGCUGUUACUCUUGUUCCAGUUUAUAUAUCUGAGACAGCACCAUCUGAAAUUAGGGGAUCGUUGAAUACGCUUCCUCAGUUCACUGGUUCUGGAGGCAUGUGUUUAGCGUACUGUAUGAUUUUUGGUAUGUCAUUGAGUGUCUCGCCUAGCUGGAGACUCAUGCUUGGGGUUCUGUCCAUUCCCUCUCUCAUCUAUUUUGCAUUAACCGUAUUUUUCUUGCCCGAGUCUCCUCGCUGGCUGGUGAGUAAGGGAAAGAUGCUAGAGGCUAAAAAGGUUCUCCAAAGAUUGCGCGGAAGGGAAGAUGUAUCAGGCGAGAUGGCAUUGUUGGUUGAAGGUCUCGGUAUUGGAGGUGAUACAUCUAUAGAAGAGUAUAUAAUAGGCCCUGCUGACGAGGUGGCAGAUGGUCGGGAACAAACAACAGAGAAGGACAAAAUUCGAUUAUAUGGAUCCCAAGCAGGCCUCUCUUGGUUGGCAAAACCUGUCACUGGACAGAGUUCGCUGGGCCUAGCGUCACGCCAUGGAAGCAUCAUCAACCAAAGCAUGCCCCUCAUGGAUCCUCUCGUGACCCUGUUUGGUAGCGUUCACGAGAAGCUCCCCGAGACAGGAAGCAUGCGAAGCACCCUGUUUCCAAAUUUUGGAAGCAUGUUCAGCACAGCUGAGCCUAACGUUAAAAAUGAACAGUGGGAUGAAGAGAGCCUUCAAAGAGAGGGUGAGGACUACAUGUCAGACGCUGCUGGUGGGGACUCGGAUGAUAAUUUGCAGAGUCCUUUAAUCUCACGUCAAACAACAAGCCUUGAAAAAGACAUGCCUCCUCCUCCUUCUCAUGGCAGUAUCCUGAGCAGCAUGAGGCGUCACAGUAGUCUCAUGCAAGGGUCAGCUGAGCAAGUUGGUAGUACUGGCAUUGGUGGCGGCUGGCAGCUGGCAUGGAAAUGGUCUGAUAAAGGUGAGGAUGGAAAAAAGCAAGGAGGGUUUAAGAGGAUUUAUUUGCAUGAGGAGGGAGUUACUGGAUCUCGGCGUGGAUCCGUCGUAUCAAUUCCUGGUGAAGGUGACUUUGUUCAGGCUGCUGCCUUGGUCAGUGAACCUGCGCUUUACUCCAAGGAGCUUAUUGAUGGACGACCAGUUGGGCCUGCAAUGGUUCACCCAUCUGAGACAGCUUCAACGGUGCCAAGUUGGAAAGCUCUUCUUGAACCUGGGGUUAAGCAUGCUUUGUUUGUUGGAAUUGGAAUACAAAUACUUCAGCAGUUUUCAGGGAUAAAUGGAGUUCUAUAUUACACGCCUCAAAUCCUUGAAGAGGCCGGUGUUGAAGUUCUUCUUGCAGAUAUAGGCAUUGGCUCAACAUCUGCAUCAUUCCUUAUCAGUGCUUUUACAACCUUCUUGAUGCUUCCCUGUAUAGGCUUAGCCAUGAGGCUUAUGGAUGUCUCAGGCAGAAGGCAGUUAUUACUUACUACAAUUCCCGUGCUGAUAGUGUCACUCGUUAUUUUGGUCAUCGGAAGCCUUGUAAAUUUUGGCAAUAUUGCCCAUGCAGCAGUCUCAACUAUAUGCGUUGUGGUUUAUUUCUGCUGCUUCGUCAUGGCUUAUGGACCAGUUCCAAACAUCCUUUGCUCAGAGAUUUUUCCCACUAGAGUGCGUGGCCUCUGCAUUGCUAUCUGUGCGUUAGCUUUCUGGAUUGGAGACAUCAUUGUCACAUACUCCCUGCCUGUGCUGCUCAGCUCUUUAGGACUCGGUGGUGUCUUCGGCAUAUAUGCCAUCGUUUGUAUCAUCUCCUGGAUAUUUGUGUUCUUGAAGGUUCCUGAAACAAAAGGUAUGCCCCUUGAAGUUAUCACUGAAUUCUUUUCUGUUGGUUCAAGGCAAGCUGCUUCUGCCAAGAAUGAGUGAUAGACUUCCUUUUAUACUCUGUAAUUUUAGUUGCUAAAGCCACCAUCUCCCGUCUUCAUAGAUUUUACUUGUCAUAAGUUUAUUUGGAGAAGGAUGUGUUCAAACAUGUUGAUGUACUAUUCUUUCAUAAAUAUAAAAUUUUGCAUUUUAGAGUG